AAAGCCACUCCAGCGGGGUGUGAGAACACCACGUCAGGGUUCAGGAGCAGUAGGAGGCGGUGGGGACAGGCGUCAGUGAAGGCAGCAGACACCUGGGAUGAGGUGAAUGACUCUGACCUGGGCAUCUCCCUCUCCAAGAAACCCAGCAUCGCAUCUCUCAGGGACAAACACCAGGACAACGACAACUACCGGUCUGCAGAGCCCAAGUACAACACGUCAUCAGUGAAGCAGCACUAUCUGCACCAGUCCAGAUACCUCCCUGGUAAAGUCAUGUGGUACUGAAACCUGGACCUCCCUGGUAAAGUCCUGUGGUACUGAAACCUGGACCUCCCUGGUAAAGUCCUGUGGUACUGAAACCUGGACCUCCCUGGUAAAGUCCUGUGGUACUGAAACCUGGACCUCCCUGGUAAAGUCCUGUGGUACUGAAACCUGGACCUCCCUGGUAAAGUCCUGUGGUACUGAACCCGGUAGGGUCCAUAUACCUCCCUGGUAAAGUCCUGUGGUACUGAACCCGGUAGGGUCCAUAUACCUCCCUGGUAAAGUCCUGUGGUACUGAACCCGGUAGGGUCCAUAUACCUCCCUGGUAAAGUCCUGUGGUACUGAACCCGGUAGGGUCCAUAUACCUCCCUGGUAAAGUCCUGUGGUACUGAACCCGGUAGGGUCCAUAUACCUCCCUGGUAAAGUCCUGUGGUACUGAACCCGGUAGGGUCCAGAUACCUCCCUGGUAAAGUCCUGUGGUACUGAAACCGGUAGGGUCCAUAUACCUCCCUGUGUUCUUAACUGGCUUCCCUAGUGAAAUAAAGGUUAAAUAAAAUAAAUAAAUAUUCAAAAAUCAUGGGUAUUAAUAUGUAGAUGGUCCACCCUUUGCUGCUAUAACAACCUCCACUCU